AUGUGCAGACGGUCAAGAGAUUCUAAGUUUGUGGCAAUGGCAGAAGAUCUAAAUCCUCUGUACUCUAAAUAUGAUCUGGAUCUGACUGGUGCUGUUAGGCUUGAUCAUAACAAUCUGGAUAAGGAAAAUACACAGCAGAUCAUCUCACAUUCAGGGGAAGUAAUGAAACGCAAAACAAAGGAGAGAAUAGCGUUAACUGAAAAAGUGAGAAGGCAAAAAAUGAGGAAUUUAUUGUCCACUUUGCAAUCUCUGCUGCCUAAUUCCACGAAUCCAAAGGGAGCAAGACAUUGCAUAAUAGAAGAAACGGGUAGAUAUAUCCAGAAUCUUCAAAGCAAAGCACAAGAGCUUCAAAAGAAGAAAGCCCAGUUAUUAAUGGAUCAGAAUUCCUCAGCCAUUGAUGUGGGUAUUGAGGUUUAUAACAAUGAAAUAGUUAUAAUAAGAAUUAGUGCUUCAAGAAUGCCUCGUUCUCUCUGCAAGAUUUAUGAAAUGGUUGAAAAGGUGGGUUUGGAGAUAGAGAGAGCAGAUGUUUACAGAGGGGAAUCCAUUGUCUUUCUCUAUUUCUACGGCAAAAUAGUUGUGAGCACAGAUGGCCGUUACUCAUCACAAAUGAGUAAAACCAGACCAUGUCUGAAGGCAACUCUACAGAAAAUUUACUAACUUUAUAUGUUGAAUAUAAGUGUAGAGCCAUAGGUUGUCAAGUAUAUUAUAAUCGCCACAUCCAUAUACUUUGUGGAAAACCUGGGUUCCUAUAUGAGCAGACCCUAAGUUUAGAAUGGUUUUCAGAUGUUUAAACAAAUUUAAGUAUGGAAGGGUGUUCAGAUGAUUUAUGCUUUGAACAUCACCAACGCUGAGAGUAAGGAAUGAUAUUAGGGUUAUUUAGUCUUCUUAUUUUGUAAUAUUUUGGUGUAAUGAUUAUAAUGUUUAAUGUUUAAUAAUUUUGGUAAA